AUGAAAUCCUUCCAUAGCCUCUAUCUAAUAAUCUCCAUCUCUAUUUACAUAGUGGCUACAUUCGCAAACCGCUUAGGAGGAGUUAAUAGAUUUGGUUCUGGUAGUGCGAGCAAUCAUCAUCUAGAAGUAUCCGAUCGCAAUCGUAACGGGCUUGUCGGCGCUCACGACAAUGCAGCUCAAGAAAACAAAAAUUCAAACCAUGGCUCCAGCAAUAAUAACCAUGGCUCCGGCAAUAAUAACCAUGGCUCCGGCAAUAAGAACCAUGGAGAUGGUUCUGUUGCAUCUCAUAAUGAGGGCCAAAACAACGGACAUGGUUCACAUGGAGUCAAUUCCAUCGUGAAUGCUAUCCAUUCGGCUAAUCAACAGAUCCACACCGUAAACCGCGCGAUACGAAGCGUGAGGAAUGGCGGUACUAUUGAGCAUCUUGACUUAGCGUUCCAGUCAUUAUCCUCUACGAUUAAGACAACUUCUGCCGCUAUUACCUCAGCCAAAUCACUUGGGGAUGGGGAUUUCCAGUCCAUACAGUCAGCUAUAAAACCAUUUCAUCAAUCCAUUGGUUCACUCAUAACGCAGCUGGUGGCCAGGCGAGACACAAUAGCUCAGUUGUGCGGAUGUCGCCCCAUACAAGGUGCUGUAAAUCAUAUACGAAUCUCAACACGAGACAUGUUCGACGGUAUUAAGAACCACUUGAACCAUGGCGGUCCUUUACACGGUAGACCCGGCUUCGGAGGCUUUCAUUCCUUAGACUCGGGCAUACAGAGCUUUCUAAAUCACGGAUAUAACGCCUUCGGCUUCGGUAAUUGCAUUGACGUUGCCUCAUCAGAGUUCAGCACCUAUUACACAACUCAGACAAGUACAUGGGCACCUUCAACUAUAACAGAUUAUACAACAGUAGUAGACACUUUACGGGUAGAUUUCACUUAUAGCCCUUCGUAUACUACUGGAGGCGGCUAUCAAGCCACAGAUGUGCCUUUAGACUACGACGGAGACAUUGGGUCCUCGAACACAUACGGACAGCACGGUGACAUCUACGUUUGUAAGGACAAGAACAAGUACAAUAGUAACUUCACCAACGACCUACACAACAACACUCACGAGUACGUAUACGAACUCAGGCAGCGUGGCCACCUCAACCUUUACAAGGACGAGGACGAGCACCGUAGGAACUUCAGAAACUUCGGAGCUUUCUCCAACGAGAACCUUUACGACGACUGUCACAAGACAAGCACCGUAGGAACUUCAGAAACUUCGGAGCUUUCUCCAACUAGAAGCUUUACGACUACCACAAGUACUUACACGAGCUCGGGUAGUGUAGCGACAUCUACCUUUACACGGACAAGGACAAGCACCGUAGAUAGCUUAAGCACGGAAACAUCUACGAACCCGAGUAACACUAGAGCAAACACAGAGACAGCAUCGACGACAAUAACUUACACGUCUACUAUUACAAGCACGUCUACUAUUACAGACACGAUUACGAGUUCUGGUUCGACAUUUACAUCUGCUUCGACAACAACCAGUGUGGAUACUUCGAUAUUGAUUUCUGUUUCUAUCGGCGGUGCUUCUACGUCAAGCAACGGAGAUCUACCAGGGACAACCUUCACGUCCACAAUUACGAGCCUGAGGACGAGCACCCUUAGCGGAUCGGGGUCCGGGACGAGAACUCUCACGUCGAUUAUCACGAGGACAAGAUCAGGAUCAGUUAGCACCGCCGCUGUCAAUUCAACUAGCCGCCGUAGAACGACAUCCAGCACCGCAAGCACGAAGUCCGGUCCUGUUACUGCCACUGUCACUGUAAGCGCAGGUAAUCCUGUAAGUCAUUUCCCGCACCUCAUUGUCACGUUUAGCACGACGUACCUAAUAAGAAUAGCAGAGUCCGACAAGUUCAACUUCUCAGACAACUACUACCAGUACAACUACUUCCUCCAGAUCUUCCGGAGCAGGUAGGAUACUUGAGCCCGCACGCAAUGAUAAGGUGUUGGGAGGCAAUCUAUUGGGCAUGAUUCUAUUUCUCUUACUAUAAGCGUAGUGGGAUGGGGUUAUUGGGAAAAUCUGGCGUAGGGAGUGCUUGGGAUUUUAGUAUGUGCU